CUCUCCUAAUUUCCUCAUCAAAUUAAUUCUUCCCUGCCAAGACAGAUUUCAAUACGUUAAGUUUUCUUGUCCAACAAAACAAAACAAUAAUGGUGAAAUUAGCAACAGCACGUGAGAUCCGAAUGUACGGUCCAAGACUGACCCGAAACAGAUUCGAGUACAUCAACGCGGGUCUAUACAUGUUUGCUACAAUGUUGCUUGUAGGUGGGUUUGCGGCUCAGUUUUCGAGAGAAGCAUUGUCUGGUUUGGUUUUGUUGUUGAUAGCGUUGGGGGUCAUAAUAGUAGUGAAUGUGCAUGAUCUACUGGCUCACCUUGCUGCCAUUGACUAUAGAUUUUCGUUGCUCGGUUUUGACCCCCAGCUUGCCAUUGUUGAAUUUGCUGUGCCAGUGGUUCAGUCUGUAGGAACUAUUCUAUACUUCUUAGGUGUUCUUUUUCUCUUCGCUCAGGCAGAAAAAGGGUAUGGCAAUUUCAAAGUGGAGAAGCAAGCUGUGAAUCUGCUCAUUGCUGGCCCUGCUCUCUGGCUGCUUGGUUCGAUCCACAACUCGUGUCAGAUUUACGAAAGAGCGGACGGACAUGUCCAAAUAUUGCAACAAAGUGUCAACAUUCCCUUCUUGUUGGGAAGUUUAUUGUUUCUGGUAGGAGCACUCCUCAAUUGGACAGCCCAGUCAGGAUAUGUCCACCAUGGCUUGAAAUUGUUAAGUGAAGACUGGAAGUGGUUCGGAGUAUUUGGGAGUUUAUUGCUGUUCAUUGGGGGGUUAAUGAACGUGGUAAAAGUGUUCAAGAUGCAACAAAUGAGUGGGUUGAGGCUAGAAAAGCUACGAGGCGGAGCACAGGACCGACUGAUGCAAGAAAGAGAGGGGCAAAUGCCCCUGAUAAUAGAAGAGCAAAGGAGAAGGAGAAAGUCGCCCGAGGAGGGGACAACAUCAACUACUGUUGCCCCAACUCCUUACAAGGAUGUUCUUGUUGGUCAGCCUUGAGAGUUAAUGAUUCUAUGUGCACUACUCCCAUUUUGCCAUUGGACAGUCAGAUAUGAGGGCAUGCAGAGGAUUUUGCAAUUUUGCUUGAUCUUGCUGUUCAUCUCUAGGUGCUGAUUUUAUGUGCUUAUUGACAAAACUGUUGAGGGGUCGUUUGGCAUAAGAUCAUAUAGUAUACUUGGAUUUGAUGUUGAAUAAUAUGUGGAUGCAUUUGAUUCAGACUAGACUAUGGGUUACAGGGACGUUGUGCGGAUGUUAUAUUUGUUAUGUAAUUGGAUUUAACCUUGUUUUUUCACUGGAA